UACGUGUAGCAGGCUGCCCAUAGCCUCAGACUCGUGGGGCUUUCAGUUUGUGCACAUGUGCAGCGGCUGUCGCUCUGGUUUUGCCUUCUUAUGCACUAAAAAGGAUGCAGAGUUUCACAACACCCUUUAUUUACCUGCUGUGGUCGCAUCUAAUCUGUUUUAUGGAUCACAAGGGAAGCUGCUCGAACUUAGUUCUGCAGCCUCUAGGGGCGCGCAUCGGUCCUCUGCCGGCUGACAGCGCCCGGCGGAGCCUCUUGCUGAGCUGGCGGGUGAACCACAGCGACUUAGUGGGCAACGUCUACGAGAUCCAGAUCCUCCGCGCUGGAAGCCAUGCUGUCGUUUACAAUAGAAAUCUCAGUUUACCACCUGUGGAGUCUGAUGCUUACACGUGGACGUGGACCUCCGACAUCCCUCUGGAGUGCGUGGAUCACUUGGCCAGGGUGCGACAGUUCUACAACCGGUCCGUCCCGGGUUCUUGGAGCGACUGGGUGACCAACUACGGAGCCCGGGCCCAGGAUAAGGCCCAGAUGUUCCCCUCCCAGAGGGUGCUGAGGGAGAACACCAGCGUCGUGUUCUGCUGCGUUCCCCAGAGAGGAGUCAAUGUUACCAAGAUGACCUUCAAUAACCGGGAGUACCCUCUCCUCAGCUUCGGGGCCAGUCGAGUCAAGGCCAUAACUGUGGAUAACUUGAGAAUCCCGACGACCUUCAUCAAACGCCAUUCAGUCUCCUGCAGCGGUGCAAGAGGUCAGAUCGGUCACACCUUCAACUACGUGAGCUUUCCUCCCCAGAGGCCUAGAAACCUCCGAUGCACCACCUCAGACCUGGUUCAUGUGGUUUGCAGCUGGGAUUCAGGCCGACAACGAGACCUAUACGAUCGCAGCAAGCAAACGCACACUCUCCACAUAGAAAACUGGGCCCGGGGACCCAUCAGCUGUGCGUGGUCGUCUUGUACUUUCGCAGCCUCCCCGCAGCGGGAACACUACAACAUCACUGUGGUGGUGAAGAACCAGCUGGGAGAGGAGACGGAGAGCUACAGCUUCAACAUAUCUGACCACCUCAAUCCCGUGGUUGAGGUGGUCAUGGUGAGCCCUGGGGUGUCUCAGGCCAAUGUCUCCUGGGCCAUAACGGGGAAUUUCACCCGACUGGACUUCUUCUGUCAGGUCACCACCGACCCAGGCAGCAUUACUCUGUGGAGUUGCAAAAGCAGUCUCUGCCGAGUCAGACUGGAACAUCUGCUUCCAAACAGCUGCUACUCCAUGAGGGUCCGCUGCUCUUCCAGCGGGACGUUCUGGGGGGAAUGGACCCCGCCUGUGUCCUUCACCACCUAUCCCAUGGUGACCUUGGACGUCUGGAGGAGAAUAAAGCGGCUGUCUGGCCCGAACACUCGUCAAGUCACUCUACUGUGGACUGUGGUGAGACUCUUCCCCCCCAACGUGAUGCAUUUAACGCAUGAUAGGAAUAGGAAUAUACUGCGUGUCACCACAGCAGCGUGGCCCCGCCCCUUUUGUUCUCAGCAUGCUCCAGGCUCAGCAGCCCCGGUGCACAUCCAGGGCUACGUGGUCCAGUGGUCACAGGGGGGCCAGAACCGAGCCGAGUGGCGAGUGGAGAGCGGCGGACACACCCGGGCGGAGGUCUCCGUCGACGCCGGUCAGCAUGACAUCACCGUCCAGGCCGUUGUCCUCACUGGCUCCGCCGUCCCCGCUCACAUCACUGUCCCCCAGAGCGAUGACGGAGAAACCGUCCCAGCGAAGAAGCGGUUGAGCAGCAACGCAGACGCUGGUUUCAACCUGUCCUGGCACGAUGCAGACAGCGCAACCUGUGGCUACACCGUGGAGUGGUGCGUCCUGGGACGUGCACUGCCAUGUACCGCCGUGCAAUGGCUGAAGGUGCCAGAGGGAAACAAUACACUUGUCCUAUCUCCUAGACAUUUCAAAGCAGGUUGCAGGUAUACAUUUAAUAUCUAUGAAUGUACAGAAAAAGGACACCGACUUCUGGAGGUACAGACGGGAUACUCACAAGAGCUCCAGUUUGUAAAGUCCCCGGGGUUGAUUGAACCCAUUCAGAGCACCUCGUCAUCGGUGACGCUGGAGUGGAGUUACAACGAGGACGAUCCGGCCCACCUGGGAUUCAUCACGGGUUAUCUGGUUACAGCACAGGAAGUAGGGGCUGCUGGGCGCAAAGAUCUUUUCAACGUGUCCGUGGCCGACCCCUGCAGGAAGUCUGUGAGCAUAGACGGUCUGCAGCAGAACCAGGAGUACGCUUUCUCAGUGAGCGCUCUCACUAAGCAGGGGCCCGGAGAACCAACCACGGUCACUAUCAGGACCUCAACCAACUAUUCUACUCGGUGCGCCAAGAUACUGACCCCCAUCCUGUUGCUGCUGGGCUGCGCUGUUCUCACGUGGCCUCAAAGAAAAAUGCUGAAGAAGAUAUUUGCUUAUCCUGCUGGUAUGAACAUCAAAAUCCCCGAGUUAGACAGCUUCCUGCAUGAGGCUGCUGAGCGGCUGCAGGCCCAGGAGGUGGAGCAGUGCAGCAGCUGUGAUGUGGAGGUCCUGAUCACCACGCCUCCUGUGGGAGGAGCUGAGCCCCGUCCCGGGUCGCUGUCCCAGGUUCCGCUCCACACAGGCUACUGCCCGCAGUCGGUCACGUUGCUCUGGGAUAGGCCGGCCCUCCAGCCAACCACAUCCGUCACAAAUUAGACUUAUCUGCUCACACGGGAGGGUUUUUGUGAGGCUCCAGAAGCUCUGAUCACUGGAAUGCCAUCCCAGUUUGGACCAGUUAGCCUGCAGGAGUCCAGCAGGGUUUCAUAUGCCUACAUCGCCUACGAUGGGUGCAAAGUGAAAGAGACGGAGGACAUGUUUGAAAUACUUUGAAUAGAUUUUUUUUUUUAAGACACAAGGCUUUUCAAUGUAAAUACAGGAAGCUUCUCUAAGGUUGCCACAUGUUAAAAUGCAGUUUAUCCAAACAAAUUGUAUAUGGAGCAGAAAACACAGCAGUUGAUGUGGACAGUAGUCCAAAGUGGAAGUGAAUACCACAAGAGGAACUUACUUCAAAGAGGUUUGAGAUGUUAUCUCAGCUACUGGAUGCCACUUUCAGCUCCCAUAAUGAUGCUGAACAUUGGAAUAUUUUUACCAACUGUAACUUUCAUGACAAUAUCAGAUAUUCUAUGCUGUUAACAUUUUAGGAAAAUAAAACUAAUGCUUCGCC